CCAUAUUCACACGCUAUCUUUCCGAACUUAAUAAUUUUGUGAGCUUUUUCGGCAAACAUCUCUUUUCUCCGGUAAGCGUGGCCACAUUGGUAUAGCACACUGCUUCAAACAAUAGUGUGUGCAUUACUACCCCGUUACAAGACCAAUUUAGCUCGCUGCAAGUUGGAAUGACUUCAAUCAUGGGGGAGAGAGCAUGGGAGUGUUUCUCGUAUGUACUGGCGAUCAUCCUCGGCGUAUGCUUCCUUGCUCUUGUCAAGAGUUUACCUCAGCGCAAACGAGAAGUGAACAAGAUACCACCGGGUCCCAAAGGUUGGCCCGUCAUUGGAAGUCUGAUGCAUCUUACAGGCAAAGGGAGAGAUGGAUUUCUCUUUAGUCUUGUUCGGAAGUACGGAGCAGUUUACAGUUUACGCCUUGGAAGUCAGCUUGUGGUGGUGGUGAACCGCUACCAUGACGAAAUGCGAACGCUGCUUCUUGAUGGGCACGUUUUGAGCGAAAGGGCGCCGAUAGAGUCUCUUGAUAGCUACUUUAAAGGACGAGGAAUUGCUGGUGCUAAAUACAGUGGCGGCUGGAAAGAUGUUCGAAAAUUCACUCUCUGUAUCUUCAAAUCUCUUGGUUUGGGUAGGAGAUGCUUUGAACAUAACGUACUUUGUGAACUCGACUACUUAUUGCUGGAUGUUGAACAACAUUUUUUAAAUAAGGAGGACUUUGAUCCAAUGUUUUUAUUCAAUAACGCCACUGCAAAUGUCAUUGGAUCUGUCGUCUACGGACAAAGAUUUGAGCGUAACGAUGAGGUAUUUGAAACCAUGAAAGCUGCACUUCAUCGCAGCUUGAGACUCGUCCAGUACGGUGGAGCUACCACCUUCCUGCCCUUCAUGCGCUACCUUCCUACCUUACCUGGUCUCAAAGCUUUUUACCGAGAAAUGAACACAGUCAUUUGCUGUCAUAAAAUUUUCAUCGAUAAACAUAAACGUGAACUUGCAAACAGAGACGGUAAGGCCACAAACUUCAUAGACGCUUACCUGGACAACUCAUUGCAAGGAGAAAGCCCCUCGUCAGCCUUCCGGCAUGACUCGCUCGCUUUCUUGAUCAAUGAUCUGUUUAUGGCAGGCACAGAAACAUCUGCAACAGUACUUACUUGGGCAAUUCUGUCAUUAGUUGUCCACCCGCUUAUUCAGAAACGCAUCCACCAAGAGAUUGACUCAGCAGUUCCUUCUAAUAGGCAGAUAACCCUACAAGACAAGCCAAACCUUCCUUAUACCCAAGCAGUUCUUCUCGAAAGCCUGCGAUAUGGAAGUGUCGUGCCGGCUGUCAUGAGGGCAACUACUCAAGACACUACCAUCUCGGAGUUCGCGGUUCCAGCAGGGACAAUCAUCAUGUUGAACUAUCACUACGCCAACUUCGAUCCUGACGUGUGGAAGGACCCUGAUGAAUUCAAGCCGCAGCGCUUCCUGGACAGUGAGGGAAACGUUAUUCAUCGAAAGGAGCUCAUUCCAUUCAGUAUUGACCCAGUAGAUUGGCCUGAUCGGAGAUGGAAUUGA